UUAACCCAGCUAGCGGAGCUUUAUCACUGCUUUCCUCGUAAGUACGUGCAUCUCGUCAUGAAAGCUACGGCUGUUCUAACACUAAAGCGUUCUAUAGCAAUAGUGCUUCUAUUUUUUCUUCUCAUUAUGUUCAUCCACGUUUCCAAAUAUGAAAUUUCUAUCCGCUCUUCACCGACCAGAUGCGGUGUCGGAAAUAGGGCGGUAACGUUUCAAUACCUGACGCAAGUAGCGAAGUCUUGUGAACGAACCGCCAACAGAACCUCCGUGCUCAUCGGCGUUGUUUCGAGCGCUGACAACUUCGAAAGUCGGGCUGCGAUACGGGAUACCUGGGGAGGCACGGCUCUGAAGAUGGGCUUCAUCGUAGUCUUCCUGCUGGGACUGACGCCGGACCAGAAAGUACAGGGGAAGGUGUUGGCGGAACACGAGACUUACGGUGAUGUCGUCCAGGGAGACUUCGUCGACAGCUACGAGAACCUCACCUACAAGACUGCAAUGAUUAUUCGUUGGGCUCGAGAGAAGUGUUCGGAGACUGAGUUCGUGCUCAAGAUCGACGACGACAUGCUCCUCGGUGUGUGGGACCUCGCUGUCGUCGUGAACAGUCUGGUAGGAAUCAAGCAUUCUAUGUGGGGCUACCUCUAUCGUAAUGCAAGACCCCAUCGUAACGUAGCUUCCAAGUGGUACGUGUCUAAAGAGGCAUAUGCGUCCGAUGCCUAUCCGGACUUCCUCUCGGGCACGGCGUAUCUAAUUUCUGGUGACGCCAUUUCCGCGCUAGAUGACGUCACCCACGACGAGUGCUUCUUCCCUCUCGAAGACAUCUACUUGACCGCAAUCGUUGCAGAGAGAGCUCAACUGUCACUUGUCGCCAUGUAAUUGGUCUCCGGAGCCCCAGUCAAGCCAUUUCAUUAGUUCUUAGCCUAGGAGACCAUCCAGAGUGCAUGUUUUUUGUUUUGUUUUGGAAAUAAAGAGAAUGA